GUGCGGAAUUCUUUAAUGUGUGACAACAUAUCGUAGCCGAGGUAGCUUAGCAUGGUGGCCAGUUUGUUGCCGGAGACGUUUGCCAUUGCCAAGUCCGGCUCUGCACUUGGUCCUCGGUUCGAGGCGCAGUCAAGCGGUAAUGGCUCUGUGCUGGACAAUGUGCUGCCGGACAUGGCGCACCUCGUCAAUCCCUAUUGGAGUCGCUUUGCUCCCAUGGAUCCGACCAUGAGUAAUAUUCUGGGAUUGUUCACACUCUGCAUUCUGAUCAUCUCCUGCUGCGGCAAUGGUGUCGUUGUUUACAUCUUUGGAGGCACUAAAUCCCUGCGUACUCCUGCCAAUCUGUUGGUCCUAAAUUUGGCCUUCUCCGACUUCUGUAUGAUGGCCUCACAGUCGCCAAUCAUGCUGGUCAACUUCUACUAUCAGACAUGGAUCUUGGGUCCACUUUGGUGCGAUAUAUAUGCCGUGUGUGGCUCGAUGUUUGGCUGUGUUUCCAUUUGGUCCAUGUGCAUGAUCGCCUUUGAUCGGUAUAAUGUUAUUGUAAAGGGCAUUAAUGGCACGCCGAUGACAAUUAAGCUGUCCAUUAUGAAGAUUCUCUUCAUCUGGCUGAUGGCAACGUUCUGGACAAUCAUGCCGCUAAUCGGCUGGAGCAGCUAUGUGCCCGAGGGCAAUCUGACCGCCUGCAGCAUUGACUACAUGACGAGGCAAUGGAAUCCACGAUCCUAUCUCAUAACCUAUUCGAUAUUUGUCUAUUACGUGCCUCUCUUUCUGAUCUGUUACUCAUACUGGUUCAUUAUAGCCACCGUUGCUGCCCAUGAGAAGGCAAUGCGGGAGCAGGCCAAGAAGAUGAAUGUCAAGUCCUUACGUAGCUCCGAGGACUGUGACAAGAGUGCUGAGGGAAAGUUAGCCAAGGUGGCCCUGACAACAAUUUCGCUUUGGUUUAUGGCCUGGACUCCGUACCUCGUCAUCUGUUACUUUGGUUUAUUCAAGAUCGAGGGUCUUACGCCUCUGACGACCAUUUGGGGUGCCACAUUCGCCAAGACCAGUGCCGUUUAUAAUCCCAUUGUCUAUGGCAUAAGUCAUCCGAAGUAUCGUCUGGUGCUCAAGGAGAAGUGUCCUAUAUGUGUUUGCGGCAACACGGAUGAGCCCAAACCAGAUGCGCCCCCUUCGGACACGGAAACCACGUCGGAGGCGGAGUCCAAGGCUUAGGCUAACAAAAACUUUAAGCAUUUGCCUAGAAAAAGGCACAAAAAUUAAAAAAAAAAUAGUCAAAUACAUAAUAACUGUGCAAUUAUCAGCAAAUGAUACAAAAA